GAGAAGCGGGGCAGGGAUCCAGUCCUCCGCAGGGGACGGUUCGGGACUCUGCUCUGCGGGGUUCGCGUUGCUCCAGGGACUGCCGGGGCCGCACUAGGACCCCCUGCGGCUGCCGGGGCUUUUUCCAGAGGGGAUGCUGAGUCACAGAUCUGUCACGCUUCUCACCUCUCCCCAGCCCUCCGGGGGCUAAAGUAAAAGCGAAAGCGAAUGCGACUCGCGGGGCGGCUAGUCCCGAAAACUGUGCCCGUUGCCUCCUCCCGGACCCUUGGGCAUCUGCAGGUGCCGGCGAGGGCGAGGGCGAGGGCGAGGUUGAGGCCAUGGCCCGCCACCCGCUCCGGGACUGCUGGGCCAUCGAACUCCCCGUGCUGCUGCUACUGCUGCUCCGGCCGCCGCAGACGCCGGGUACCACAUGCUCUACUCCAACAUCUAUUGAACAUGCAAACAUCCAGGUCAAGAGUUAUAAUGAGAACUCCAGGGAGCGUUAUAUUUGUAACUCUGGUUUCAAGCGUAAAGCUGGUACGUCCAGCCUGACUAAGUGCCUGCGUAACGAAGACACAAAUAUUACCCAGUGGACCAUUCCCACUCUCAUAUGCAUCAGAGACCCCUCCCUGACCCGCCAAAGGCCAUCCUCCACAGUAGCGCCAGCAGGGGUGACCCCAGAGCCAGAGAGCCCCUCCCCUUCUGGAAAAGAGCCAGCUUUCAUUUCCAAGCCAGACACCACAGUGGCCACAAAGCCAGCUGUGGUACCGGGCUCCAGGCUGACAUCCAAAUCUCCUGCAGGAACCACAGGGAUAGUCAGGAAUGAGCUCUCCCAAGCCCCACCUCAGACAACUGCAAAGGCCUUGGAACACACUCCCUCCACCUCCCUCGAGAAGCCAGGUGCACAUUCAUCCAGUUCCACAGCUGUCACUGGUACUGCUAAGGAAUGGCAAUUCCCUGUAUGUUCACAGAGGACAUUUCAUCAUCCACAUCCAACAGUGGCCCCUGGCUGCCUAGGCUACCUUCUGUGCCCCAGACCCAACAUGCAUGUUGAAUGGUAGGUUGAAUGCUAGGCAGGCAGUUAUUAGCCUUUCUGGCCUCCUGUGCAAUAAUCCACCUUUUCUCCUCUCUCUCCCAGAUUCUAAUCCUCCUCUAUCUCAUGAAAUCUCUUUCACUUCCUUUUUCUAUAAUCCAUGCACCCCUAGUAAACACAAAAGGGUGGAGGACUUUGGCAGUUGAUAUCUUAGUCCAUUGUUGUAGUAAUUCUGGUUUCAAUUUCUUUACUAAAUAUGUCUGUAUAUAACUGAGGAAGAGGUCAAGGGUUUGGGUUUAAGUCACUGAGUUCAAAUUGCUUUGUUGUAUCAUUGGCUCAGGAGCCCUCUUCUCCCUUGAGUUUGAGUCUGUAGUUUAUAUUCUCAUUACAAAUAAACAGGAAGAAGCAUUGUGAAAUACUUACUGUUUAUAUCAACUUGCCUUUUCCAAUAAAUCUCUCCAUGAACAGUAAAUGCAUGCCAAACUGAUUAUUUAAUGCGAAGAAAUAGUUUAUUAUCAGCUACAAUAUCUCUGCUAAUAAAAGACUCCUGAUUUUUAGUCAUACUGAUGAGUAAUGUUGUUUAAAAAGUCAAAAGAACUUGCACUAGUUUUCCAAGUUUGUUGUUACUUCUUUUAGAACAACUUUUCUAUGCUUUUUUCUACUGCAAUUAGUUUUGUUUUUUCACUUUAUUGUUUCUUCUGAUUAUAGCAUCAUUGCAAAAAUAUCAGGGGGAAAUUUUUUAAAGAACAUAAAGAUUACAAUCCCACCAUUAUUUAAUACUUUGAUAGAUAUUCUUCAAGAUUUUUGUGUGCAUAUGACACACACAUGGCUUACUGGAUUUCUUUUGGUUCAUUUUUAUUUCAACCACCUUUUUACACUUAUGAUAUCACUAGAGGCCCAAUGCACGAAACUCCGGCAAGGGGCUUGGCCCUCGCAGCCCCGGCUUCAUCAAGAAGGACACCCAGAGGCCAUUCGGCUGCCUGGUCUAAUUAGCAUAUUACACUUUUAUUAUGAUAGACAGACAUCUUUUCAUGUUAAUAUAGAUUAAUUUCACAAUUUUUAAAAUAUAUUUUUAUUGAUUUCAGAGAGGAAGGGAGAGGGAGAGAGAGAAACAGAAACAUCAAUGAUGAGAGAGAAUCAUUGAUUAGCUGCCUCCUGCACGCUCCCUACUGGGGAUCAAGCCAGCAACCAGGGCAUGUGCCCUGACGGAAUCAAACUGUGACCGUGUAGUUCAUAGAUCAAAGCUCAUAGGUUCAUAGGUCAAACUACACCAGCUGGGCCAUUUCAUAAUUUUUAAAAGCUGAAUAAUAUUCCAUUGGAUGAGUAUUAACACAUUUUAACUAAUUUUCUACUGAUAAGAUAUUUAGAUGAACAUUUUAAAAAUUAUUUUACACAGUACUUCAGUGAAUAUUCCUACAUAUACUUUCCCAUUUCCUUAGAAUGAGUCCUAGAAGUAGAACUGGAGAGUUAACUUAUAUGGUCUUCUCUAGAGCUUUUAUUAUGUUGCCAAGUACCUUUGAGAAAAACUGUAGCCAUUUACACUCACUCCUACAAAGCAGAGAAUCCGGGUGUUUCCCAUAUCCAUAUAUUUAACCUGCAUUUCAAUAGGGUUGGAUUUUUAAUGCCAAGCCUUGGGGAUUUACCCUUGCCUACAAGGUUGUGUGUUGGUUAUACAGGGACAGGUCUGAAAAGUGUCAUGGUCUCAGAGACUAAUUGACUCAUGGUCCACAGUGAGACAAGUGGCUCUCCAGAUGCUCAGGGUUGUCAUCUUGCAAGUGGGGCAGCCGGGUGAUUUUUGCAGGGACAUUUCAUAAUAUUAAGGCAAACUGGCAAAAUCUGCUUGGAGUGUAUUAUUGACUCAGGGUUUUGAAAAUAGUUAUGUUCACCCGCCCUUUUGCUUCCACACGAGGACCCCACUGUUCCUGUCUAAUAAAUCUCAAAUGCUGUUGUGGCUGCUGGCCUUCCACCCUCAAAUCCUCCCACCAUCCAUGCUGUUCCUUUCAACUCCGUCAACAGUUUUUUCCUUUUCCUAAGCAUUACUUUAUUCUCCUCUUACCUGUAAGAUCUCUCUUGUCACACCUCUUCUUUCUCUUCACCACUCUUCCUCUGUCAUAAAAGUAGUAGCAAAUAAUGCUAAUGGAAUUGGAAGAAAAAUGGCACUGCAAGCUAUCAUUUCUAAAUCAGGAUUCUGCGAAGCUACAGAAAAGGGGGAGGUUGUGCCAGAGGACAACUGAGGAGGACCCUUACCAUGUCUACUUUCUUCACUUUGGAUUUAGCAGCAAGCAUUUCUUCUCAGGAAGUGCUUACUUUCCCCGCCUGACUUACUCCCAUCCCUGCCCAUCACUCACUCUGCUCAGGAAGGACAAGGAUUAGGAGCACGGGACAUGGGAUAACAUGAACUGGACAGUUUGAACUGGCAGUGCUGGUGGGAAAGGAAUGUAGUUUUUGCCCAGAGAUAGAAUAGAUUGAAUUGCAUGGAACCUUAAGAAAUGUUAAUAACAGUAAGCUGUUUGGGAAGGGGUUUGUAUCUCUCUGCGGGAAUGUAAACUGUAAAGAAUUUUCAGAUUCGUAGAAAUUAACCUUAUAGGGGGAUAAAUGGUGAUGGAUGGAGACUUGACUUGGGGUGCUGAGCACACAACACAUUGUACAGAUGAUGAGUUGUAGAACUAUGCACCUGAAACCUGUAUAAUUUUAUUAACCAGUGUCACUCCGAUAAAUUAAAUGAAAAGGAAAAAAAAAUGAAAUGAAUCUGCUACCUGGACUUUUAGCAUGAUGCCAGCUUAGUU